AAGACGUGUCAUGGAGAGUGAGUUAAAGCAGCUCCUUGAGCAGUGUCAAAAGCAAAACUUUAGUUCGGAGCAAAUGUCUAGCAUAUGUGAACCAUUAAUAUGGACAAUGCGGUGGAACAAGUUGAAGCGUUGCUUCCUCCUGGGCUUACCUCUACUGGUGAUUUAUCUCAUUUGGAUCUAUUGUGAUUGCUUUUCUUGGUCAUUGAGUGCAUUGUUUCGACUUUUUCUAAUACAAGUUUUACCCUAUUGGAAUUGGAGUAACUAUUAUAAUGGCAAGUGUUUAAUUGCAAAAGAUUAUCAACCAAGUGAAUCACCAUCCGGAUCAUUUAGAUGGAAUAACUGUGAUCUCUGCUCGAAUUUGGAAGGCAUUUCAACUGUAUCAAAUGUAUCGUAUUCCAUGAUGGAAUCUCAAUUCCUGGAGCUUGGUUUGCCUGUCAUAGUCACAGAUGCUGAAUUGAAACUAAAUCUGAAUGAUCUAAUCAAACGUAUGCAGACAAAGGCCAUCGAUUUGGUUAGCAGUGAGCCCUGUGAUGUCUCCUCGAGUCUCAUGCUGCGUCAGAUAUUUCAUUUGGAGGCAGCCAUCCAGAAAAUACGUCAAGGAUCAGCGCUAACAAAGUGGCACUUACAUUUCCGUAAUUGCCAAAGCAGAGCCGUAAAGACCUCAAGAUUGUUGUUGCCAAGACCAUAUUAUUAUCCCAAGCACUUGGAACCCUACUAUUCCAGUUGGCUAUUGAUGUCCCAUCGCCAGUAUCGUCCACAGCAAGAGAUCUAUGUGAAAGGAUUGAUUUUUAUACAGCAAUUGAGUGGUCACUUUGAGUUUCGUUUGCAACCAAAGGCUCCGUGUGAUGGGAAUGUGUGUCCCAGUCUCAGUCUGCGAUUGAAUGAAGGUGAAGGUUUGGUCUACUAUACGGAGUUGUGGCAUUUGAGUUAUGGUUUAAACAAGCCGGAUAAUCAAGUCACCUCCAUUGCCAGUGUCAUGGAAGUGGAUUGGGAUUUGUAGAUAAAAUUAUGUUUCGAUUAUGAAACUUGAUUCUAUUUUAGACUAAAUAUGUUGAUGAUAUCAGGAGAAAGAAAACGGCACUGAAAAAUGUUGUCUAAUUUGUCGGGAGUAUUAUUUUACCUUUCUGGCCGCUAAGUCUAUCUCUCUUACACACAUUAAGCACUUAUGAAACUUGAAUUUAAAUGUAAGAAACGUUUCAUGGUUGUAAUAUAAACAAUUUUUAACUAAUUGUUGGUUUGCCGAAA